UCUCGCGAGAGUAGGAGUUUUGGCGAGAGUUUGUGGAAGAUGGCGCCUGUUGUGACAGGGAAAUUCGGUGAGCGACCUCCACCUAAGCGGCUCACCAGGGAAGCUAUGAGGAACUAUUUAAAGGAGCGUGGCGAUCAAACAGUCCUAAUACUUCAUGCAAAAGUGGCUCAGAAAUCCUACGGAAACGAAAAAAGAUUUUUUUGCCCUCCUCCGUGUGUCUACCUUAUGGGUAGCGGAUGGAAGAAAAAAAAAGAACAAAUGGAGCGAGAUGGCUGUUCUGAGCAAGAAUCUCAACCAUGCGCCUUUAUUGGGAUUGGAAAUAGCGACCAAGAGAUGCAGCAGUUAAACUUGGAAGGAAAGAACUAUUGCACAGCUAAAACUUUGUACAUAUCAGACUCUGAUAAGCGAAAGCACUUCAUGUUAUCCGUAAAAAUGUUCUAUGGCAAUAGUGACGAUAUUGGUGUUUUCCUUAGUAAACGGAUCAAAGUCAUUUCCAAGCCUUCGAAAAAGAAACAAUCGCUCAAAAAUGCAGACUUAUGUAUCGCAUCAGGGACAAAAGUGGCACUGUUUAAUAGACUUCGGUCCCAAACAGUUAGCACCAGAUAUUUGCACGUAGAAGGAGGGAAUUUUCAUGCCAGCUCACAACAAUGGGGAGCAUUUUACAUUCAUCUCUUGGACGAUGAUGAAUCCGAAGGAGAAGAAUUUACAGUCCGAGAUGGCUAUAUCCAUUAUGGCCAGACAGUCAAGCUCGUUUGUUCAGUUACUGGCAUGGCACUCCCAAGAUUGAUAAUACGGAAAGUGGACAAACAAACCGCUUUGCUAGAUGCAGAUGAUCCAGUCUCCCAGCUCCAUAAGUGUGCGUUCUACCUUAAAGAUACUGAACGAAUGUACUUGUGCCUUUCCCAAGAGCGAAUUAUCCAAUUUCAAGCCACUCCAUGCCCCAAAGAACCAAAUAAAGAGAUGAUUAAUGAUGGAGCUUCAUGGACAAUCAUUAGCACAGAUAAAGCAGAAUAUACAUUUUAUGAGGGCAUGGGACCUGUCCAUGCUCCUGUAACACCUGUGCCUGUUGUAGAAAGUCUUCAGCUCAAUGGUGGUGGAGAUGUAGCAAUGCUGGAACUAACCGGGCAAAACUUCACUCCAAAUUUGCGUGUCUGGUUUGGGGAUGUGGAAGCUGAAACGAUGUACAGGUGUGAUAUAACCUUUGCAAUGUUAAAUGUAACUCUUGGGUGCUUGUUUGGGACUCUGUAAAGGAAAGGCAUUCGUCAAUCAUUCAUUCACCUAGCUAAAAUAAUAAAUUUACUACGGCCACUAUUGAGCCUGGAAUUAUGGUAGUUAAGUUGUAUUUGUCAUUA